AGUGGUGGGGAGAACGGCGCAGGCGCAGGACUGUGCGAUUUUUAGGUUAGGAGAAAACUGGAGGAAACAGCUGAUUUAGAUCUUCAUGUGAGAAAAACUUGGAGGUUUAUCGGAGUGAUAAAAUCAAUUGGCUCCGAUGAUCCCAGCCGUCGCGGCCACUUUUUGGGGUCAGCCUUAAGAGAGACUUUGCGGGAGAAGUCAUUCGACGAUUUAACGUUUUGCAACAGCCGACGAAUCAUCCGCAUGAUUUAAACGAUGGCAGGCUCAGCGCUCAGACGACUGAUGGCGGAGUACAAACAGCUAACCUUGAACCCGCCAGAAGGCAUCAUCGCCGGCCCGAUUAACGAGGAAAACUUCUUCGAAUGGGAGGCUCUCAUUACUGGACCAGAGGGAACCUGCUUUGAAGGUGGAGUGUUUCCAGCAAAAUUAAUAUUUCCUCCAGAUUAUCCAUUAAGUCCUCCAAAAAUGCAGUUUACCUGUGAGAUGUUUCAUCCCAACAUUUACGCGGAUGGAAGAGUCUGCAUAAGUAUAUUGCAUGCACCUGGUGAUGAUCCGAUGGGUUACGAAAGCAGCGCCGAAAGGUGGAGUCCAGUACAGAGUGUCGAGAAGAUACUGUUGAGUGUUGUAAGUAUGUUGGCUGAACCAAAUGACGAGAGUGGUGCCAAUGUAGAUGCCGCCAAGAUGUGGAGAGAAGAUCGUGGGGAGUUUGAAAAGAUAGCACAAAAGCUGGUGAGAAAGACUUUGGGUAUUCCACCUUAAAAUAGAAUCCAUCUGCUGAAAGAAAGGAAAAAGAAAAAGCUUAAGAGCGGCGGUAAUUAUUAAUUUUGUCGGUGGAUGAUAUUCCUGUAGGAAACAAUAAAUUUUUACCUGUGCAGCAAACAAAUCUCGUGUGCAAAUAAUUCUUCGCACGUUCUACUAAUUAUUUGCGCACGGAAAUAUAUUAUUGUGAAUUUUACACUUACAAAAGAGCAAAUCUUCGAUGAUACAGGAAUCGAAAGUGUUAAUCUCAAAAAAUGUUUAUUUUCAACAUUGCAGUACAAACAUGGGUAAUCAAAUACAUACGCGAUUAUCUCAUACGCUUACAUAUACCAUUUCACUGUGACAAACCGAUAACGAAGGACAGGAUUCGUUUCUUGUGUUCGGGUGCGUGAUUGACGUUAAGUAUAAUAUAUAUUAGUAUUUAAAAUUAUCAACUGAUCCCACAAAUUACCCUACGGCGAUGUUAAAGUAAUUAUCACAUUCGCAUAUGGUGUUAUAUUAUUUGCAUGUAAAUGUAUAUCGGCGAAAACGCAUUAUCAACUAAUGUGUUUGAAUAUCUUUUAAUAUUUGAAGAGGGAAAUACAGAUUAAAUAAAUAUAUUCAUAGUAUUUCUUUUUUUUACAAAGAUGUAUGUAAUGGAAACAAGCGGAGUAGUGGUUCUUUCACUGAAAAAUCAUCUUUAGAAGACUCAUAAGUUUGUCAAAACGAAAUAGCGAAUAAACUAAAUUGUUCUCGCGGUCAGUUAUAUUCUUUUAUAUUUACGAAAUCACGCGAGUGCCGAUCAAGAGAUUGUCGGCAUGAUCCUGAUAGAGUUCCGGAACGUGUAUUGCCGCAUCGUAUUUACAAAAUUAAGAAGUCCGCACAGCAGAUUGAUUAUCGUGCAUAUCCCGCUCUGAUAACAAUCGAACUUGGUGACAAAGACGUGCAGGGUGUCCCACUUAAAGCGUCCCAGUCCGAGUAGCCGAACGAUUGAUUUGAAAAAAAGAGCUUCCUUUUAAUUUUAGAGACAAUUAAAAUUGUUUUUAAUUAAAAUCUUUAAAAAAAAAUCUGUAGUACUUUUUUUCAUUGUUAGUGUCCCCUCGCAGAUAUGACUCCGAGUUGCUUUACGCAAAACACCCUGUAAUUAGACUAGAAGAAAUAAAUUAGUACACCUCGUCGCGUAUACAAUAGAUGAUCUUUGUGAUCGAAUUGCAAGUAUGACUUCAAGGAUCAGACAAGUCCAUUCUUCGAAAUUAUCAGCUCUUUAUCGAACAUAUUCAUUUAUUUCAUUGAGCUUUAUCGAUGCUUAACCAUGUCUGGAUAACAUGUUUAAACAUCGAAAAUGUACGCAAAUCAAAAGAGCAUUUGGUCAAUUUGGCAAGGCUCGAAAUAUCUAAUAAUUCAAAGAUUAAUUUUUCUUUACUUUAAAUCGAAAAAGUAAACUUGUUUGUUCCUCAGACCUUUGCAAAUUGUACCUUCUCACUCUCGCCCUUUUUUGCUUGGAUUAAAAUCAUCAGUAAGAAUAAAUACAAGAUUUCGCACGUGAAUUGGUAUUUUAUUAAUAAACAAUACUGAAGUCCAACUGAAAAAUGCAGUAUUUGUGACUAGCAUUUGGCAAUUAUAUGUAAAUAAUAAGGUGUUAAUGUACUUGUUUCGUACAGCCGAAGUACAACAUCUUGUACACUUUUUUAACCCUAGGACACUAUCUGUACAUGCAUCUCUGAGACAUACACGUAUUGGUCUUUUCUGAUCUCCGAAGAAGAUUUCAACUUUUCAAUAUUUUCCGAAAGUCAGAUUUUCCCAAUUUUAAAAUUAUGAUAACAUUUUAAUAGAUAAAAAAAAUUAAGUCGAGUAAAUUUUCGCAUAUUCUUUUUUGCAUUUUCCUCAAAUGUAUGCAAUCUUAGAGAAGUAUGAUUAUAAACAACUAUGGAAAAGAAGAGUUAGCCUUCUAGGGUUAAUUAUAAUUCUUUGAUCCCUUUUCUUAUAUAUAUAAUCCUAAAUAAUUUCUGUGCCAAAUUUUCCAAAUAUAUAUAUACACAUACCUAAAAACAUAAUUUAUAAACAAUUGUAUAAAAAUCUUGUACGCAAAAUUACGUCUUUAACACCGAACGAAAAUACACAGAUGUUGUACUCUGGGUACAGCUGCAUACUUUGGCAUACGAGAGAGGAUGCAUUUUACAUUCUGUGCCAAGCGAUAGUAACACCGAUCGAUGUCGAAUCUUUAUCGAAACUCGAUCGCGCCUCCGAACGAAUCUGCCACAUUUUUCACAACCAGGAUCGGAAGCUUCAUUUUACUUGCAAGGUAUCACGCUGAUAUUACACUUUAAAGAUUCAUUGCGAGUUAGUCGGAAAAUCGAGAGCAAAGUACGCAACAGUGCCGGGACAGUCUGUAUAUGAACGCUCGACUCGUUUAACGUUUGCAGUAUUUCGCUUGUCGCGAGACGGGUCUAAUAUCGUGGCCGUCCGUUUAUCAGUAAUAUCACAUUUCGCUAGAAGAAGUGUACAUUCAAAAGCAAUCACUCCUUACAGCGUCGCGCGUGUUUGCGCACAACGACGACGAAAAUGUUACAAAUAUACAAAAACGUUUGACACAUACACUUCCUGUCGCCUAAUCACGCAAUAAACAAUCGGAGACGGAGACUUGAGCUACUUUUACGAGCCUCUUCUAGGCUGUGAACGUGUCGUAUUUUGCGCUAAACUCGAGCUUCAUUAUUCGUCUUCAAAAUCUCGAUUGAUUAUUUUAGAAAAUGUCAUGCUUUGAUUAUUUGCACUUGGCAAUAUUCUCUUGUCUGAUUAUUACAUUUAGCUUCGACACGCUACAGCUUUGUAGACCUCCCGCUUGGCGCAGAACGCUACGUUUCUCUUACAAUUAAUUCUUAGAGCCGGUUGCAUCAACUGUAGCUAAUGAAGAUGUCGAUUAAUAUUUGUAACUAAAUAAAUUUUCAUUCUCUCUCUUAUCUACAUACUAAGAUUACGAUUUAUAGAGAAGUAAUCAAGGUACAACUAAACUUGGAGGCGACAGCACUAUCAUUAGCGCUAAUCAGAGGUUUAACUUGAAUUAAUGUAAAUCGAUUUAAAUUAAAUUAAUUCAA